CGCAGUAGGGGGAGCAACAGCCUCUAUGAAAAACAACAACAAUCACUACAGCAGGGCCAGGGAAAAGUGAUGGCUCCGUGAAGCCCCACACUUCUGGCCAUUAUCACAGUCACAGUCCCAGCUCAACUGCUGCUAUUUCUACCGGAGCUUUAUAUGUCGAUGGUGCCGAGUCCAUGAACUUGGCCAGUCAAAGCGGGGACGCUGGCGGUAGCCAGCUCCUCUUCGCCAACUUUAACCAGGACAACACGUCCUUAGCUGUUGGCACCAAAUCAGGAUACAAGUUUUUCUCCCUGUCUUCUGUGGACAAAUUGGAGCAGAUAUAUGAAUGUACGGACACAGAGGAUGUGUGUAUUGUGGAGCGGCUGUUCUCCAGCAGCCUGGUGGCCAUUGUCAGCCUGAAGGCCCCCAGGAAGCUCAAAGUCUGUCACUUCAAGAAGGGAACUGAGAUCUGCAACUACUCCUAUUCCAACACCAUACUGGCUGUCAAACUCAACAGACAGAGACUGAUUGUGUGUCUGGAGGAGUCACUGUACAUUCACAACAUCCGAGACAUGAAAGUGCUGCACACUAUCAGAGAGACUCCACCUAACCCUUCAGGAUUGUGUGCCCUUUCCAUCAGCAAUGAUAACUGUUACCUGGCGUACCCAGGCAGUGCUACGAUAGGAGAGGUUCAAGUGUUUGACACCGUCAACCUGCGAGCAGCUAAUAUGAUUCCAGCCCACGACAGCCCGUUAGCGGCUCUGGCUUUCGAUGCCAGUGGAACAAAACUGGCCACAGCCUCAGAGAAGGGCACAGUCAUUCGUGUCUUCUCUAUCCCAGAGGGACAAAAGCUCUUUGAGUUUCGGCGAGGAGUCAAAAGGUGUGUGAGCAUCUGUUCAUUGGCGUUCAGUAUGGAAGGCCUGUACCUGUCAGCCUCCAGCAACACAGAGACGGUCCACAUCUUCAAAUUAGAAACACAGAAGGAGAAGUAUGUGCCUGCGGAGGAGCCCACCACAUGGGGAGGCUACCUGGGCAAGGUCCUGAUGGCAUCCACCACCUACCUACCAUCCCAGGUCACGGAGAUGUUCACCCAGGGGCGAGCCUUCGCCACCGUACGUCUGCCAUUCUGCGGACACAAGAACAUCUGCGCUUUAGCUGUGAUUCAGAAGAUUCCCAGGUUGUUGGUUGCAGCGGCUGACGGUUACCUGUAUCUGUACAACCUGGAUCCACAAGAAGGAGGGGAAUGCACACUUAUGAAGCAGCACAGGUUAGACGGCAGUGCUGAAGCACCCAAUGAGAUCCUUGAGCAGGGGUCACAUGACCGCCCACUUGUGGCCCAAACCUACAGUGCUGCUGUCACUAAAGGUUACUGCGAAGAGCAGGGCGCCGUAGGAGGUGCAGGCCUAGAGGAUGACCUCAAUGACUUGCGCUUAGAGGAAGAGAAUGAGCAACCGCCACUCAUCCUUGAAACUGACUGACUUUACGAACGGCUGUACCCACCAAUCAGAGGGCUCCUCUGGUGCUGCUAUGAACAUGUGACACAAGGGGGGGCAGGGGCAGGAUCAAAGACGAAAGGGGGGGCUGUGUUUUUAAACGCUGAAAGCGUUCAAGAGCCUGUCAGUCUUUCUGUGAGUUAGUCUGUUCACAUCCAUGUCUAUCUUUUUCUUCCCUCCUCCUUCCUUCCUUUCUUUCGCUUCCUUUUCCCUCAGUUUCGCCUGCGCAGGCCAAACUGAAGCUUUGCAUGUAAACGUGCCAACCGCUAAAAACAUGCUCCAAUGUGAAAACGAGUAUCUGUGUGUGUGCAUAUUGGACAUUUGAUCAUAAAAAAAAAAAAAAUGUAGCUGUGUCUCCACUGAAGACACACACACAGAUGCAAGCACUGUGUAAAAUGAAAGUGAUUGUGUAAGUGCCUCUCUGCCCCAGUGUCAUGGUUUCGUCUGUCUGAGAGGGGGAUCUCUUUGCAUUGGCUUAAUAAAACCUAUUUUCAGUUGUUGGAUCUUAAUCGACAGGUGUGUACUAUCUUUUCUAACCCCUUCCUCUCUCGCAUACAGUCACACACUGUCCUGCGAACAGUGUGGCAUCAGUCGAGUUUACCCUUAAAAGAAUGAUUCAGAAGCUUUUGGCAUGAGGCAGAGGUGUUUGUGAACAAGGGUGUGUGUUUGUGCAUUCAUGCUGAGAUCUCAUUUGUGUGUGUUUGCUGGGCAUGUACAUUAGCAAAACAGUGAGUAAUUAGCCUCCACCUCUCCCUGCUCACUUUUACCUCAUCCAAACAGAGGCUCGGUGGAGCUCCCCGCCCUCUCCCCCGCCUCCUCAGGCCUGCAGUCAUUGGUUGAUUUUAAACUCUGGUAUUAAUUAUCUUUUUAAAAUCUACAUAAUCAUAACCAAUGAUGUGUCAUGCGUAUGAAAACAUGCAUGGUGGUGUUGAUGUGCUACUGUGUCCAUACAUCAGAGAUAUGUGGGUGGUGAAGAUCAGUUAAAGUCAGGCAGCAGAUCAGUGGAGACAGGCGGGAAGCUGUCAGUGACAGGUCCUCAGUGACAGACUCCUCUUACUCCUCAUCCUACUGUAUCUCUACUCUGUAAUAACUAGAUGUGGCAAGAUAUCACUGUACCAUAUUGUCAGGUUAUGACUUCAAGGCUCUGGGAUAGCGGGUGGCCAUUGAGUAAACUGUGGAUUAUGAUUUGAUAGAUUGGAGGCUCAGGCUGAGCCUCAACAACUGGUCCAGGAUGCUGCAUGAUUCCCCAUUAAUCCUUUGGUGUCUGAAGUCACUAAAUAAGGAUUAGCCAUGGGAUUUUUGGAGUGUCAGGCAUUUUCUAAUGAUUUUGUAUAAAAUGUGAAACAUUCAUCUGAAACUAAAAUGAAAAUAAAUUCCAUGUUGAUGUAUGAGA